CGGAAGCAGGUGGGAGAGGAGGAGCGGGGCCGCCUUGACCCAAGCACCUCUGUGCCCGGAGUCAAGACCCGCCCUCUCCCGGGGACUGCCCUAUCAUUGGCUGAGCCGCUGGCAGUCGCCUGCAGGACGGCCUGUGAUUGGUUGAGGGGAGGGCGGGGUUCCGUGCGCUGGCUCGCUGCGGGCAGCUGGCGGCUGGUCUCGGGCGCGAUCCCCGGCCCCGGCAUGGCUGUGUUGGGGGUGCAGCUGGCGGUGAGCCUGCUUACGGCGAGCAUCAUGCAGAGGAUGUCCCCGCACUGCUCCUUCGCUCGCUGGCUGCUCUGCAACGGCAGCCUGUAUCGCUACAAGCACCCUUCGGAGGAGGAGUUGUACGCCCUGGCAGGAAAGCAGAAGCCCAAGGCCAAGCGAGACCGGAGGCUGAACGGGGUCACAGAGGAUAAACCCCUGUCAGUGCCCAAGGACAUCAACCUGCAUUUGGAGACCGCCCCAAUAACCACAGUGGAUGCUCUUGUGCUGCGCUAUUUCCUGGAGUACCAGUGGUUUGUGGAUUUUGCCGUCUACUCCACCCUCGUCUACCUCUUCACUGAAGGCUACUACUGCCUGGUGGACCCCCGGAAGGAGAUGAAUAUUGGCAUCCUGUGGUGCCUGCUUACAGUCUUCUUCUCCGUGUAUCCUUCCUUUCCUACUCUGCCCCCUCCGCCUUGGGGGCUGGCAACAGGCUUCCCUAACCAUGUGCCAGGGUCUGGAGGGAGAGGGACUGUCGGGGCUGGGAGGCAGGAAAGUGACCCUGACGGCGAGGGAUACAGGGAGUAUGAUGGGGAGGCAGGACGAUCUAAUGGAUACAAGAGACACCUGGUUCAGUUCCUGGCUUGGCUGAAGGCUCCCUGCGUGACCUCGGACAAGGCUCUGGGUCUGCGCGAGGCAAGGCUCCCGAGCUGCAAAAAGGGGGAGGCGUCCCCCUGCCUUGUCGGGGCGGCUGAAUCCAGGAAUGACUCCCAUGUGCUCAGAUCCUGCAGUGACGAGGGCUGUGUGCAGUCGGACGCUUCUCCCCCUCUCUGGCCUGGCCCCGGGCUGCGGCACCCGGUAGAUCGACCGUGCGCAGCCAGCCGAUCGGGCCGCCUCACCCGCGGGCAGCUCUUCCCUGCAGAGCAUGUGGCCAGAGGGCUUGCCAAUGUCAACGAUAACCUGGAGAUUUUCUUAAAGCAGCGAGGAUGGGAAUGGACAGUUCCCAUCACCAAACUGACCUUCAAGCUGGGGCUGGUGGCCCUUUGUUCCUUCAUUGGCGCGUGUCUGACGUUCCCGGGACUGCGGCUGGCACAGACUCACCUGGACGCUCUGAAGAUGGCUGCAGACAGGCCAAUGACCCAGAUCCUGCUCCACGCGAGUUUCUUGGCACCCCUGGUCAUGGUGGUGAUGUGGAUCAAGCCCAUUUCCCGAGACUUGUUGCUUCAUGCACCCAUGGGGAAACAAACGGUCCAGAUCAUGUCGGACGCUGCCUACAACUCCACGCGCCUCUGGACCGUUGUCGCCCUCUGCCUGCUGCGCCUGGCCAUGACACGCCACCACCUGCAGGCCUACCUCCAGCUGGCGGAGCGCUGGGUGGAGCAGAUGAAGAGGGAAGCUGGGCGCAUCACCGCCCUGGAGAUCCAGCGCCGGGUCACGAGGAUUUACUGCUACGUCACCGUGGUCAGCCUGCAGUACCUGGGCCCCAUCAUCCUCACGCUGCACUGCACACUGCUUCUCAAAUCGCUGGGCGACUACUCGUGGGGCCUGUUCCCCGAACCCCCGCCCGUCUCCCCGGUGGUGGGCAUUGCACCGGCCCAGCCCGCUGCUCCCUCGGCUGAGGAAGAGGGAGGAGAGGACAUGCAGGCCACAGUGGCGCAGAUCACGGGUGUGCUGGGCGCCAUCCUCACCCCGCUUUUCUACCGCGGACUCUUCGCCUUUCUGACCUGGUGGGUGGCCCUUUGCCAAGUGAUCACCAGCCUCUUUGGCCUCUACUUCCACCAGUACCUGGCAGCCUCCUAACCACAGCUGUAGCAGGGCCAACGGGCCCCAGGACCUGCAGGGCCCCUGCGUGGAAAGGACCCUGUGGGCUACAAGCCAUGGGCUGGGGCUGGGAUGAGUUCCCACCUGAUGGCUCUCUGCCCUGCGUCCACCUGGGUGAUGGCGCAGAGCUGCCCUUGGCCCAUUUCCUCCCCUGCCCAAGCUGGGGGACGCCAGCUGCCCCCACUGUGUGUAGAGACUGAACCGGCCUCCCGGCUGGGCCACACCUGCCAGGCUGAGGCCGCUGGCUGGUUGUCUCUGUCCGCCGAAGGGGCAGGAGUAACUCGCUGGGGGCGGCGGCUCAUCAGCAUCUUCCCAGCCUGCAUUGGAGCGGGUUGGGAGGUGUGGAGCAGGGGCCGAGGGAGGGGCCCCAUGCACUGCCGGCCUGGGGACAGCAUCUUCUAGGCGAUCUCCCCAGCUUGCUUUGGCUGAGCCGCUCCCCUCCCCACUCCACGGUGGGGGCUGUCUCACCUACCCAGCUUCUUGGGCGUGGCCCAUGUUCUAGGGCAUCCCCUGAGAGCUCAGGGACCCUCUCAGCCAGUGGUUCCUGAUCCAGCCUCAGCCUCCUCCCCACCUCCCACCCGGGGAGGAGCCUGCUGGUGGGUAACAUGAGAUGGUUCAGCGGGGAGCCAGAGACCUGGAGGGCGGGGGUCUCUGGGGGCCCUGCGCCGGUGUUGGAGGGCUGGGGUCUCCGGGGGUCCUGCAGUCGCUGACACCAGUGCGGGGUGCUCCUAUUCUGCUCGGAUGACUGGGCACGCUCUGUAUGGCUGUAAAUGGCCCCGCAGGGCAAUGGCGAAAGGGGGACUAGGCCUGCAAGUCAAAUGAGCUUGGCCCCAGGUUCCCGGCCGCAGCAGAGCUCUGGUGCUUGGUGCUGCAGGGAGCUUGGGGGUGGGGUGAUGCUGAGGCUGGGAAAGUGGGGGAGGACGCUGGCUCAUAGCCAUGCCUACAAGACGGAAUGGACAUGCCAAGGGCAGCCUCCCCCAUGGCAGACACAGCGAUGGCUGUGCAGCCGUCUAACACCCUCGAGAGCAUCCUUCCCUUGGCCCAUGGGGCAGGCGCAACCCGGAUCCUGGCACUUGGGGUCCUGCUACUCUAGGGACCGGGCCCUUUCAUCUCUUGACAGCAGGACCCCAGAGCAAACCCCAUCCCAGUGGGGAACUUGCAGCCUUUCCCUUGUGCCUGGCCAGGCUUGCACCAGCCUGCCCUGUGGUGGAGGCUCAUGGCCUGCAGGGCACUGUGUGGGUGCAGGUAGGAAAGCACUGGAUGAUUUAUUAGAACAAGCUCUUUUCUGGUAGCUUUGUUCUUCCGGAACUCGGGUUCUACCAGGGCAGAGACACCCGCUCCCCCAGGGAGCUUUUCUGGGGUGAUAAAGAGUGAUUCCCCUAAGACUGGCCGAAGGGGUGUUUUGCGUGGGGUUUCUGUGGCCUGCAUUUGAUUUAAUUUCUCCUCAGGAAAUCAUCCCCCUCCUCUGUGUAAAAUUACCCAGCCCAGUGGCCUUAUUAAUUCUGACUUCUAGAAUAAAUGCAACCAGGUACAAGGAUAUUUUAUGAAUAAACACAUAGAACUGG